AUGAACAAUCCACCUCUUUUCAGAAUUCUAUUGAUCUCCUUGACAACAUCAGUAAUAUCACCCAUCAUCAGACUCAAGCAGCAGACUGCUACAUCAUAUGUCUCAUCUGGAACUCCAAUACUCGACAUAUCUGCUCUAAUCACUCUUUCAUCUACCGGAUACUUGUCAUAG